CUCUCUCUCUCUCUCUCUCUCUCACAUUUUGUUGAUUUCCUGUCCCUGCUACCAACGACACAAGGACAAAGACUAGAUCUUGGACAAAGUAACAUCGACAACAUCAGUAACAAUAGCAACCCCAACGCCACAUCAUCUAUCACCGAGCCACAACCAGGAAGAGGAGCAGGAGAAAUGUACAAUACAACGUAUUCUGCAUACUUAUCGGUUGUCGCCCGUGAGUUCCGACGACGGAUAGUUCUGGUGGAUAGAGUCAAGAACGGCAUCGAGUAUAAAAACGUCUUUGACGGACGAGAGGCUGUGGAUAAACUCACCAGCAUAGUAUCCGAUCAUAAACGACGGGAUGUUGCGUUACGACUCGGACGGGCAUUAGGAGCACAACGGUUUUUCCACGAUGUCAAUUACGAAAAUCGAUUGAUCGAUACGGAUUCAGAGAUAUAUCAAUUCUAUGACGAUAACGAAUACUACAGCUCUAGCAGCAGCGACGAUACGAGUAGCGCGAUUGCGUCUGCAGGUACCAUGACAACUGCGAGCAGCAAUAUAAGUGACUUGUCGUCUGUGACGAUGUUGCGUGAUGCGGAUGCUAUUGCUGCUGCUGUCGCUGCCAAUACGACCCCUACCACAGAAUUCGACGAAGAAGAAGUAGACAAUGAUGUCGAUGAGGACUCGGAAGGACCAACGUGGGAUGCAUUGCCUAAUGGUGUGUUCACCGACUUGACACAUUGCUAUGUACCUACAUGUGUUGGCCGAAAACCAUGCUAUAGUUUCUCAUGUCCCAAACGUGAGAAAUUACGACGACGGCAACGGCCCGAGAGCAUUGAUGCACGUUUAGCACGAUCAACAACGCACGCUUAUUUGCGACAAAAAAAUCAACAAUUAUGGUCAACUGUUGUUCCAGUACAUGUAUCCGAAUCCGUAACACCGAGCGAACGGAAGCGACAGGAAACCAUUUUCGAAUUAGCGUAUACGGAAGACGAUUUUGUAAAGGACCUUGAAUACGUCAAUGAGAUGUGGAUCCAACCGUUACGUAAAAAAGACAUCAUUCCUGUGGAACGGAGAGAGGCGUUCAUCGACAAGGUGUUUUGCAAUAUCAUGACGAUCCAUGAAGUCAAUUUACGGUUUCUAUCGGCACUACGUGUGCGACAAAAGGAAAACUUUAUUGUUGCACACAUUGGCGAUGUUGUACUCGACUUUGUGGUCUUGUUGGAACCGUUUCUAUUGUAUGGAUCGCGACAGCAUGAGGCAAAAUACAUGGUGGACACCGAACGUGCCGUGAACCCCAAAUUUGCUGCCUUUGCGGAGCAAACGGAGCGACACCCGUCUUCAUACCGUCUAGAAUUGGAUGGUUACUUGAGCAAGCCCACGGCUCGGCUUGGUCGAUACACUCUGCUUUUGGAUGCUAUUUUGAAACAUACGACCGAUGAGAGCCAUCCGGAUCGAGUGCAUAUCCCCAAGGCUACAGAUAUCAUCAAGCGGUUUCUGACGCGUGUCAAUGAGGAGAAUGGCAAAGCCAAAAACCGGUUUGAUUUAGAACGCAUUGAGCAAAAACUGCUGUUUCGACACGACAAAAUGGAUUUACGACUGUCGGAUGAAUGUCGCAAGUUUGUCAAACAAGUAAAACUGCGCAAGACUGCAAAUCCAGAUUCUCCCGAGUAUCAUUUGCUUUUGUUCGACCAUUAUCUCGUGAUCACCAAAGUCAAAUAUAUCAAGAGACAUGAGCGUUUUGUGGUCAAGAGAAAGCCCAUUCCGUUGGAAUUACUUGAAGUAACGUUACAAGGCGCGGCAACCAGGCCAUCUGUUGACUUGAAUCGCAGUAACACGAGCGCUACGCUCAACGAUCCACUAGCGCCAAGUCGGCUCGGGUAUCCGAUUACAUUCCAACAUUUAGGGCGUCGAGGGUCCGGGCCGAUCACGUUGUUUGCCUCAGCGUUACCGAUUUUGAAGCCAUGGGUCGAACAAAUAAAAAACCAGCAGGCUCUCAAGUCGCACCGCAGGCCUGUUUUUGAACUUGUACCCGCUGUUCAAGAACAUCGGUUCCUGUAUGAUGCCAAGGUCAAUCAUAUCGUCACGUUCAAUGCAGGAAAACAAUAUGUGCUGGCCACUGAUGUAGGUGUGUUUGUUGGCCACACGGGCAAAUCCAGCAGGCCACACAAAGUUCUUGCGAUCGACAAGGCGGUACAGGUGCAAGUGUUGGAAGAGGCACAGCUCUUACUCGUGCUUGCAGAUCGAACCUUGUGGGAAUACAGCUUGGAUGUUUUGAAUGGUAAGCCCGAGCAACAACCUGCAGGCCGUCGUGUUCAGGCACAUGUGCCUCACUUUCAUGUAGGCACAAGCAUGCAUCGGCAACUCGUGUGUGUGCCACGCGUAUCACCGCUCAAUUCAACCAUUACGCUCUUUGAACCGUCAAGACCACAGGAAUUGUUAAAGAGCAAAAAGUUUUUGGGAAAAUUGGUGCGUGUACCAGCGUCCGAUCUCCAUUUACGAAGGUACAAGGACUGUUACAUCCCUUCAGAAGCGUGGGCUGUGGGACUAUCCGCGAGCCAAAUGCUGAUCACGUGUCCACGCGGUAUCGUGAUGGUGGAUUUACAGACGAGUAAGCCGCAACAAAUGUUGAAUCCUGCCGACAGGUCUUUAAGCUUUGUGACUGAACGUGAGAAGGAUGAAUCGCGGAUGAGCAUACGGCCGCCAGUCAAACAUAUUGCAGUGUUCCGGACUCCGCGUGGUGACCAUUUGGUCUGUUACGAUGAAUACGCAUUCUAUAUUGAUGGCAAAGGGAAUCGCACGUACCGGAAUUUCCGGAUAGAGUUUGAAGGUGCGCCGGAAGCAUAUGCAUUCUACUAUCCAUAUGUCAUUGCCUUUGAUCGCGACUUUAUCGAAGUACGCCAUGUCAUCACUGGAGAGCUAGAGCAAAUCAUUCGUGGCAGAGACAUUCAAUGCAUCAACAACGGACACAAGACUGACAAAGCCUACAUCUUUGGUGCCAUGACCGAUCGAAACGACGCCACGUUCCAGUACAUCUUUCAACUGCAACCUGUUUUCGAAGACCCUUUACUUCCUACUACCUCUUUAUUAUAACAUACAACAACCAGUCUUCUUCUUCUCCUUCCCUAUCUUUCCCCUCUGCAUCGAAUACAUCAUCAUCAUCAUCAUCAUCGCAUCACUCAUUCUUAGUUACUACUUUUUCUUCUCUUUACCAUCGUAUAUCUACCAUACC